AUGACCACACAAGACAUCCUCCUCAUCUUAAUGCCCUGGACACCCGACCCCUCCUGGGUAUCCAGUCUAGAGCACAUCAGCCCAGGGAUCCAAGUACACAGCUACAAGACCGACCCUGGGGCCACUGAGGUCCCGGACGAGAUACCAACUGAAAUUUGGAGCAAGGUGACGGUCCUUUUCACAUGGAAGGCCUUUCCGACAAAAGAACUCGCCCCGAAGCUGCAGUACGUCCAGCUGCUGACUGCGGGAUGUAAUCAUCUCUUUGGAGUUCCGUUGUUCGAGGAAACGGAUCUUGCGUUUUGUACUUCGAAUGGGGUACAUCCGCCACAGAUUGCCGAGUGGGUGUUUUCGACGUUUUUGGCCUUUCAGCAUCAUCUUCCGGAGCACUUGGAGAAUCAGAAACUAGGUAAAUGGGUCGAUCCUUUAUCGGAUGAGGAUACUGAAGAUGCGGUCGGAUUGAGAGUUGGAAUCCUCGGCUACGGCUGCAUUGGCCGACAAUGCGCCCGAGUCGCGAAGGCAUUCGGCAUGGACGUAUACGCCUACACCCUGCACGAGCGAGCAACUCCCGAGUCUCGAAAGGACAACUCCUUCACCGAGCCUGGCCUUGGAGAUCCCGAGGGAGAGUUUCCCUCGAAGUGGUUUCACGGCCCGGAACAGCUGAACAGUUUCCUCUCUUCCGACCUCGACUUGCUGAUCAUCCUGCUGCCAUUGACGACGAAGACCAGGGGAAUGAUUUCGAAAGAGCAGUUCGCUUUGCUGAGCAAGAAGAAAGCGUUUGUUAGUAAUGCAGGCAGAGGCGCGAUUGUUAAUACUGAUGAUCUUGUCGCCGCUCUUGAUGAGGGGCUAAUCAGAGGAGCUGCGCUUGAUGUGACGGAUCCUGAGCCAUUACCGGCUGGUCAUAAACUUUGGGGAUACAGGAAUGUUAUCAUUACUCCUCAUUGUAGUGGCAAUUCGAACCACUACAAUGAGCGGGCCUGCAAGAUCUUACGAUCCAAUCUUGAGAGGCGGUUCAAGGGCGAGGAGGUUGUCAAUCGUGUUAGGAAGGAGCUAGGAUAUUAG